GUGUGUUUGAGUGACAGCCAGGAUGCCGUCGCUGCCUGGUCACCGGAGCUGAUUUGUAUGCGCCAGGGUCCGCCUCGCUCCGAGGGAUGCAGCCGCAGCAGCUUGCAGAGCUGUCACACUCACACGGGCUCCGAUUCUGCACUGGCUUGACGAAUUAAAAAGCGAGGCAGCCAGCGAGAGAGAGACCCGGAGAGAGAGGGGGGACGAGACAGAGAGAGAAGCUUGCAGACAGCGCUCGCUCUUUUCCUAAAGGAAGGAUUUUGCAUCCCGAGUGCUCACUGGUUGUGAUGAUGCUUCACUUAGCGGGCUCAGAAUGAGCUAGAGACAGCAGAUAGGGGAGAAACUAAAGGCAGAGCACAAAGCAUUACGAACCAACCCAAAACCAGGAACAGUUUUCUCCUCUAUUCUAGCAUGGUGGAUGUAUGGACAGUCUUACAGAGCAGAGGUUGACUUCUCCAAAUCUGCCAGCCCCACACCUCGAACACUACAGUGUUCUGCAUUGCACCAUGACCUUGGAUGUUCAAACGGUGGUCGUUUUUGCAGUGAUUGUGGUGCUAUUGCUUGUGAAUGUCAUACUCAUGUUCUUCCUGGGCACUCGUUAAAUGGAUUUUUUCUCCUGAGCUGUUGGGGGCUACUACUACCACUAGCAAUUCAACAAGAGAGCACGAGCGGGAGAGAGAGAGAGAGAAAGGCGAGAGAGAGAGAGAAAGAGAGAGAGAGAUUUCUUACUGAGGGGGGAAACGCGUUGAGCUUCAACAUGGCCUCGCUGUGAUAUGUAUGACGUUGCUGAUCAGUGGUGGCUCCAUUGUCAGUGCUGAGGCAGUAUGGGAUCACGUCACCAUGGCCAACCGGGAGUUGGCGUUUAAAGCAGGAGACGUCAUCAAGGUCCUGGAUGCUUCCAACAAGGACUGGUGGUGGGGUCAGAUCGACGAUGAGGAGGGAUGGUUUCCCGCCAGCUUCGUGAGGCUGUGGGUGAACCAGGAGGAUGGGGUGGAGGAGGGAACCAGCGAGGUGCAGAACGGGCACCUGGACCCCAGCGCCGACUGCCUGUGCCUGGGCAGGACCGUGCAGAACCGCGACCAGAUGAGAGCCAACGUCAUCAACGAGAUCAUGAGCACCGAGCGCCACUACAUCAAACACCUCAAGGACAUCUGCGAGGGUUACUUAAAGCAGUGCCGGAAGAGGAGGGACAUGUUCAGUGAUGAGCAGCUGAAAAUCAUCUUUGGGAACAUUGAGGACAUCUACAGAUUUCAGAUGGGAUUUGUGAGGGACCUGGAGAAGCAGUACAACAACGAGGACCCCCAUCUCAGCGAGAUUGGGCCGUGCUUCCUGGAACACCAAGACGGCUUCUGGAUCUAUUCUGAGUACUGUAACAACCACCUGGACGCGUGCAUGGAGCUCUCCAAGCUGAUGAAGGACAGCAGGUACCAGCACUUCUUCGAGGCGUGCCGCCUGCUGCAGCAGAUGAUCGACAUCGCCAUCGACGGCUUCCUGCUGACGCCCGUGCAGAAGAUCUGCAAGUACCCCCUGCAGCUGGCAGAGCUGCUCAAGUACACGGCCCAGGAGCACAGUGACUACAGGUACGUGGCUGCUGCCCUCGCCGUCAUGAGGAACGUCACCCUGCAGAUCAACGAGCGCAAGAGGAGGCUGGAGAACAUCGACAAGAUAGCUCAGUGGCAGGCCUCUGUCCUGGACUGGGAGGGGGACGAUAUCUUGGACCGCAGCUCGGAGCUGAUCUACACGGGAGAGAUGUCCUGGAUUUACCAGCCUUAUGGACGGAACCAGCAGCGAGUUUUCUUCCUCUUUGAUCACCAGAUGGUUCUCUGCAAGAAGGAUCUGAUCAGGAGGGAUAUCCUGUAUUACAAAGGGCGCAUAGACAUGGAUAAAUACGAAGUGGUGGAUAUAGAAGAUGGGAGAGAUGAUGACUUCAAUGUCAGCAUGAAGAAUGCCUUCAAACUGCAUAACAAGGAGACUGAGGAAAUGCACUUAUUCUUUGCCAAGAAACUGGAGGAGAAGUUACGAUGGCUUAGAGCUUUCAGAGAAGAAAGGAAGAUGGUAAAAGAAGAUGAAAAGAUAGGCUUUGAAAUUUCUGAGAAUCAAAAGCGGCAAGCGGCAAUGACAGUAAAGAAAGUCAGUAAGCAAAAAGGUGUGAGCUACUCCAAGUCGGUUCCUCCAGCCUACCCACCACCCCAGGAUCCAUUAAAUCAGGGACAAUACAUGGUGACAGAUGGCAUAUCCCAGUCCCAGGUCUUCGAGUUCACCGAACCCAGACGCAGCCAGGCACCAUUCUGGCAAAACUUCAGCAGGUUAACACCAUUCAAAAAAUAAUACCUAGAGAGA